CGGGGUUUUAAAGAGGCGGAAACUUCCACGCAUCUGCUUCCAAGAUGUUUCAUCACUUCAAAGUUAUUUAUCAACAACUCUCGAGCUAAUAUUUUAGUCUUACCAUUCUAAACAAACUACAAUGUAAAAUAAUCUUAAUUAUAAUCCCUAACCAGCUAACCUCCACAAACGUUCGAGGGAAUGCGUAUUGUUGGCCAUCUCGUUUCUGACACACAUGGCUGUGGUAAACAUAGAAAUGCAGCAUGAUAGCGUCUAGCUAGCUGUCAAACUAUUCGUCUAGUGAAAUAAGAGUGAAACAAACGUGGUUGAAGAUCGUUUACUACUCAUAUUGUAUAGUUCGAUCACUGCUGCAGACGACUAUUCCUACAUAACCCUCCCAAAUCGGCGCAACGAAAAUGCACAUGAGCAGAAAUGGAGUGAUUGGGAAGCGGUGUCCCCAUUUAAUGUGGACGAGAAGGCUAUACCUUUGAAGUUCUGUAGAGAGUUUCUGACCAUGACAGAGUUGUAUCUGCAACGCUAUUGCACUCUCCUUCAGCCUGCCAUGAAACCAGUAGACGACAAUGGUAUAUGGGUACGGCCUAAGGGGGUACGGCCUAAGGUCCGGACCAAUAGAAGAACUGAUGGUGAAGCUGUCGUGAUCCCCAACAACAUCCUACUGUGGCCACACAGCAGCAGAAUAUUCUACCCAGGACAGACCACCCGCUGCUAAAUCUGUAAUGCCAUGGACCACCAGGUGAAGGAUUGCAGGACAAGGGAACAGAGAGGUCAAGAGGAGAAACAUCACAAACCCGAGAGCAACAGCCACAAUGAGGAGGAGAACGAUGACAGCGUCGAGUCUGCCAGAGAAGAGCCAUCACGAGACACUUCCCUCCCUGAUGACACAGGUCCUGCAGCAGACUGGUCCACUCAAAUGGAGGCUCAUGAUGACGAUCCACCAAACCUUGCCAGUACUCCGGCUGCCUCCCACCUCCCUAGUGGCUACCCUCCUCUGCCCCCAGACACUUCCAGCUCCAACGAAGGUACCCAUCCAUCAAACAGUGGUAAGAAAUAGCCUGUCUCUUCCCCUCAGGAAAAGGGGACCACAAAAAGACUUGAAAAGAGAUAUAAAAAACAGCACUCAAUGAGUAUCAUUAAAUAAAAAUGUCAUUAACAACUGUAUACAAGCAAAAUUACAAGCAUAACUUUUUUAUCAGUAGUGGUCUGCCAUCUAAUAUUUCUAAAUGUAUGAAAAGUUCAGGUGAUUAUCUCUGUCCAACAAAUGUCAGUAUUUAUCUUUGAAAUGUCUGCCUUCUAUUAUGCAAUGUGUAUUUAUAAAAAUAUUGUCACGUCAUGAAUGUUAUUAAUUAUUGAAAGAUUAUAUUAAAACUAAAACAAACUACAACAAAAACAAUAAUAUAUGAUGAAAAUAACUUGAAAAUAAUCUGUAUCUCAUAAACAAAAAAAGUAAAUGUGAUUGUGUGUGUCUGUCAGUUAGUGUCUGUAUUUCAUUGAGAGAGUUCUUGAUGAAUAAACCCCAUAUCCCUGUCUCUCAAUCUCUGCCUCCCACAGACAAGCCUGUGUCUUCUCUCCAGCUGUGACGGCGAUGGAGGAGGAGGAGGUGUCUCUGAGAGUGCUGCCAAUGGACCCAGCGGACCGGGGAACCCAGAGGGUCAGACUCGGCCCAGGGCUGAUGUCCUCCCUGGGGUUGGGGCUGGGCUCUCCUGUUCUGGUGGCUCUGUCGGGAGGGUCCUGUCUCUGUACUGCCUGGCCCAGGCCUGACCUGGCUGAUGGAUUCAUACAGAUAGACAUGAAAUGUUGUUCUUCAAAUCUUAUCUUAAACAAAGCUACACCCACACACCUCAGCUCUAGCCCACUUCCCCCCAGCCCAUGCCUAAGUCGUAGCCUCACCCCAGUCUCCUGCCCCAAGCUGAAAGGCAUCAGAAUAACAGUGGUGGUUCAGAGUGUGGAGUUCCGGAAAACCACUCCUCCCAGUUUCAUCCAUGAACUAGUGAAGGACAUGCUGAAAGGGACAUAUGUCCACCAGAAGCACGUGAUAGAUGUGGGUGACCAUGACACGGACAUUAAACUGAUCGUCAUCGAGAGCCUGAACCCAGAGUCCACCGUGACUGGUUUGGUUACAUCUAAAACAGGGGUGGAAAUAAUGGGGACGAGGACCCUCCGGUACUACAGAGGACAGCUCCAGGAGCAGCCCCAGGUCCUACUGGGAGGACUGGAGGAGGUGUCAGCGUGUCUGAGAGAGAUGUUGCGCCUGCCUCUGCAGUACCCUGCUACCCUGGGCUCCCUGGGUCUGUCCUGCCCCAGAGGAGUGCUCCUUGCUGGGCCGCCGGGGGUCGGAAAGACCCUGCUGGUCCGCUGCCUGGUGGGGGAGGUGGGGGCCAGCCUGAUCACAGUCCGAGGACCAGAGGUAGUAGGGUCUCGGCCAGGGGAGAGUGAGGAGAGGUUGCGGGCGGUGUUUGGUCGGGCGCGGGCAGCGGCAGAGGAAGGGCCUUGUGUGUUGUUCCUGGAUGAGCUGGACUCUCUCUGUCCCAGACGGACUGGAUCCUCCGCACCCGAGAACCGGCUGGUCGCUCAACUGCUCACGCUCAUGGACGGCAUGGACCAAUCAGAUCGCUUCCUCAUCGUAGGAGCCACUAAUCAGCCGGACAGCUUGGACCCGGCGCUACGGAGGCCCGGGAGGUUCGACAGAGAGGUGGUUAUCGGUGCCCCCACAGCACAGCAGCGGUUAUCCAUCCUGUCAGUGCUGUGCCGGGCCAUGCCAGUGUGUGUCAGUGUGGACUGGGCAGAGCUGGCCCAGAGGACUACAGGGUAUGUGGGUGCUGACCUCAGUGCUCUCUGCCGUGAGGCUGCCAUGCUGGCUAUACGACACAACACACAGGGUUCAGGGGAGCAGACUAUCACCAUGGAACACUUCCUGUCUGCCCUGAAGACUGUCCGUCCAUCCUGUCUGAGAGGCAGUCUGGGACGGACAGACCUCCCAGCCGUCUCCUGGGAACAGAUAGGAGGCCUGGAGGAAGUCAAAGUCAAACUACAACAGAGUAUAGAGUGGCCGAUGCGUUACCCGGAGGCGUUUGUGCGUCUGGGUCUGUCCCGUCCCAGGGGGGUGUUGCUGUACGGUCCCCCAGGCUGUGCUAAGACCACCCUGGUCAGGGCUGCAGCCACCUCCUCCCACUGCUGCUUCCUGUCAGUCAGCGGGGCUGACCUCUACUCUCCAUAUGUAGGAGAUUCAGAGAAGGCCCUGGCUCAGCUCUUUCGUCAGGCACGGGCCUGCGCUCCCUCCAUCCUGUUCCUGGAUGAGGUGGACUCUCUGAUUGGCUCCCGGUCAGAAGGCCAUGUCCCUCAGAGUGCUCAGACGCGCCUCCUGUCUGUGCUGCUGAAUGAGCUGGACGGGGUAGGCUUUAGGACCCUGGAGAGGAGAGGAGCAGGGAAGAUCCUACAGGCUGAGGGAGUGGAGGAGCGCCACCAACAGGAACAUUUGGAGUACCAGGAGGUGUGUAACAAGGACGUGAUGAUCGUAGCGGCCACUAACAGACCAGACUCUCUGGACAGUGCCCUCCUAAGGCCUGGAAGACUGGACCAGAUCAUCUACGUACCUCCACCUGACCUACAGGCGCGUGUGUCCAUCCUGCAGGUGUGUACAGAGAAGAUGCCUCUGGAUGAUGAUGUGUGUCUGGAGGAGCUGGCUAGACACACUGACCUCUACUCUGGAGCAGACCUGGAGAACCUGUGCAGAGAGGCGGCUCUGUUGACCCUCCAGGAUGAAAGUAUGGAAGCUUCUAGUAUCAAACACCGAUACUUCCUCCAGUCUUUACAGAGGAUGACUCCCUCUCUCUCGACCCAGCAACUACAGACAUACAAAAACCUCUUCAGAUGACGCGUCGGACUUGGAAAAUAAAAAUUACAUUUAGUUUC